AUGAAGACGUGUAGCAACUACGCUUCGCAUAAAUACUCUGGUUGCGCACGAGAACGUACGAGAACGCGCUCUCUCAUGAAAACGAAACAGUUUUAUCAACUUGUUGAGGAAGAAGUGGUUGGCGGACUUUCAGGAAUUGAGUACACGUAUAGCAGCGAUGGUGGCAUAGCUUCUAGCAACUCGCUGUAG